GUUUCUAAUCAGACCUUGUAUAGGCCUCCUAAACAAACAAUGCAAUUACGACGUUCAAACAUUUUUCUUGGAAUCAAUUCAAUUAAUCGGAUGAUUGAUUUUCAUUACAGAUUAUUGAGAAUGACGUAAAAACAAAUAUGUAUUUUCCAAAUAGGCACUAUCGGCAUUCCGUACAUGUAAUCUGAACCCAAUUGUUUAGUAACCGGAAAACUGAAAACAGAAAAUGAAAAUUCGGAAGCUUUUCACUUUUAUACUUUUGUGGAUAUUGCUGCUGCAGGUAAAUUCCAUAGAUGCCCUGUCAGGUGAUAAGAGCUCCCCCUUACUUAAUUUUGUACGAACCACAAUUUUCAACGGCAUGUCCCAGAAACUCAUGGACGAUAGUUUGCACAUCGUGGAGCUUUUGAAAAUUUCAUCAUCUUUUAUGGAAUCACAUAGAGCCAAUCCCGACUACGACCCAUCGGAAUAUGAAGCCCUUCAAGAAUAUAUUGAAAAUUUCCAAUGUUAUGUCGAUAGGCUCAAGGUGGACCAAACUAAUUGCCAGGCCUAUCAGGAAUUGUCCGAUUAUUUUCGACGUAUGAAUCGUGAAAAACACAAUCGUUUUCCCCGUCUUGAUAAAUUGGCGAAAAUGUUUCAGGACGAUUUUCCCAAAGAAGCCGUCGAAAAACAAUAUCGAAAAUAUGAUGCCGAUCAAAUGGCAAAUUUUCAAGAGACCCGAGAAGCACUCUAUGACCAACUGCCAAAAAUCCUCAAUGACUUUGUCAGCAGCAUCGAGGAAAAUGAGAAAGGAAAAUUCUCCGAAUUAUUGUCGUGGUGUCAAAAAUAUCUGACUUCGGCAACGGAAAAAGAGAAAUAUAACUCAAUUUUGGAAUUUCUAAAUAAGUUCAUAGUUGACAGGAAAUUUGUGAGAAAUCGCUUGGAAUACCGUGGUAAUACAUGUGAAUCCGGGAUAAAACUGUAUCGACAUUUUGAAAAUAUUCAACCAAAUUUUGAAUAAAUUCGUUAAAUCCAUUGCCAAAAA